GUCUUCUUCAUUCUCAGUCUUCUUCUUCAUUUCCAGGAAUGUAUAAAGCCUGUCAAAAUUCCCUCUUCUGUUGGUAAAACCAAAUCAAUCGUCAUCGGCAAGGACGGUUCCUAUGUAGCCACAAAUUCUUCGGGUGAAAAGUACGUUUUACCAAAAGCCAAGAUCGACCUUAAUGACUGUCUUGCCUGCAGUGGAUGCAUAACCACCGCGGAGACAAUUCUUGUGUCUCAACACAGUGUCGAAGCCUUCCUUAAUCUGCUCAAGAACCCUGAUCCCGGGCGCGAGAUUGUGGUUUCUUUGUCACCCCAAUCACUUGCGAGUCUGGCUGCCUCUUUGAAUGUGGGCAAACCGUCAACCCUUUCGGAGUCAUUUGUGGCCAGUGGAUUAUCACCCGAUGGAUUAGACGGUGUUCGAAACUUUUGUGUGCGUCUUCUAAGGACACACGGAGUCACCCACGUUCUUGAUACUACAUGGAGCCGCGAUCUAUCACUGUCUGCCUCUGCUGAGGAAUUCGUUCAGGCCUUCAGUGGGAAUUCUUCUGCUCCACAUAUGCCUGUCCUUACUGGAAUUUGUCCAGGUUGGGUCUGUUAUGCAGAGAAAACUCACUUCAAGGGGCUACCGGGGUCAGAAAAUCGUGUUCAAGCGGGGACUGAUGAGGAGGGAUCUCAUCUCAUUCAGCAUCUGUCAAAGAUCCGUUCACCGCAGCAGUUGCUUGCCGGUUUGCUGAAGCAACUCACAAGUUCAGUGUCUUGCUCGAAGUCACCUUUUCUGGUUUUCGUGAUGCCGUGCUACGACAAAAAGUUGGAGGCUUCACGCAAUGAGUUCACCUUGCCCGAUGGCGUAGAAAAAGAAGCUGACUUAGUGCUAGGUACGAACGAGUUUAUCUCUGUUCUUGAAUUAUUGCUUCAAGAACCGUCUCUACCUACUGUGGAGACGUCAUCUGAAACUGCUUCUCAUUGUCAAAGGGUGCUGUGCAUGUUGUCCUCUCGAUUGACUCCCGACGCACCCCUCCCCGAUCGAAUGUAUCGUCAUGCGGGUUCAGGCUCAGGUGGUUAUGCUUUCCACACACUGCGUUUCGCUGCCGAUAAGCUCUUUCAGAUCACGUUGCCGGUCUCAGUCACUGACGAUCCCCGAGUUUUGACCCGUAAACUCGGCAAUCAGGACAUGCAGGAAAUCCUGCUGUUCAGCAGCGCCGAGGAUUGCACAGCAGCCAAAGCUGGUCUCAGCGGACGCACUCCCUAUCGACACGCAGCUACAAACCCAGCUCCUUUGUUGGCGUUUUUGGUCGCUAAUGGCUUUCGCAACAUCCAAACAGUCGUUCAGCAGCUGAAGCGGGCGUACACGAAGGCGAACCUAAGUCGUUCAUCUGUUCGCGCCGAAGUUCCUUUUGACUACAUUGAGAUUAUGGCCUGUCCGAACGGUUGCCUUAACGGAGGGGCCCAGGCAAAGGUCGAUCUCGCCUACGUGACCCAGGCCUACUUCUCGCUGGAGGAAAGAGACGUACUCACAAGCGACCCCGCGCGAUGUUUACUCAAAUUGACAGAUUCAGAUUCAAAAAUUCACACAACCUACAGGGUGGUACCCAAAAUAGAAAUCACCAGUCCUUCAUCAUUAAAGUGGUGA